CUUCAGUCUUCGACUGACUUUUGUUGUGAUCAGACCUUUUCCGAGAGGCGUUUGUCCCCCUGGAAAGUCCUCUCUCUCGCGGCCAAUCGAUUUUGGCAAGAGGCAAAAGAAAGAAAAGCAAAAAAAAAGUGUGUGUGCCGUGCAAGUGGAAAAAGAAAGAUUUCUGCCGUAAAGCGAGGCUGCUAAUUUUCUCCCCGUGCGUUCCUUUUGGUCUCCGUUUCGUUUCGCGUUUUUUUUUCUCUUCCGUUGGUCCUUGUCCGGAACUUUUCGGUUCAUUUUGCCCUUCCCCGAAUCCGCCCGUCCCUUGGUUGAAAAGGGUGCAAAAAUUGCAAUUUCCCCAAAAGGUGGAAGAAAAUUCGCGUUUUGUUCGUGUUUGCAAGUUGCGUCCCUUUGUCCGGAGGUAGCACUUUGUUCCUCUUGUUCCGAUACCCCCGGGUAAUCAUAGCAGCCCUCACGGUGGCCACAGCCUAAGAAGCAUGGCGGAGAAUGAAGAUAUGAGUAACAGUAGUAGUAAUAGUAGUAACAGCAGCAGCAGAGAAGACAUGCACUUCUUCGAGGGCGUCGAGAAGCUGCUGGAGAUCUGGUUCGAGCCCAAUCCAUCCAACAAGGGUGCCGACCUGCGGAAGAUCCCCAGACCGAUGUGGGAAGCACUGUUGAAGACGGUCCGCUGCGAGAUCAUCAGUUUCACCCGAAAUGAACAGAUUGACGCGUAUGUCUUGAGCGAGAGCAGCAUGUUCGUGUCCAAGCGCCGCUGGAUCCUGAAGACGUGCGGCUCGACGACGACGCUGGCCUGUCUGGAACCGCUGCUACGUCUCGCGUCCGAGAUCGCCGGCUACGGCGAGAUCGAGGAGCUGUUCUACUCGCGCAAGAACUUCAAGCGGCCGGAACUGCAGGUGUCCCCCCAUCGGGGCUUCGACGAGGAAGUGGCCUUCCUGGACUCGUUCUUUGAGGAUGGACGCGCGUACAGCCUGGGCGCGAUCAACCGUGACUGCUGGCAUCUCUACACGUUGAGCCGCGGGGGAGGGGGCUCCGGCAAGCUGGAGCAGCAAUUCCUGGCCUCCAACAACAUCAACCUGAACGCCAACAACAUGAUCACAACAAACAACAAGCAACAACAACAACAGCAACAGCAUCAACAAGUCGUCGAGAUGACUCCGUCGGCCAAAAUAAAUCUGAUUGAAUCUCUGCAGUUACCUGACCCGGAUCAAACCAUCGAGAUACUGAUGACCGAUCUGGACCCGAAAGUGAUGGCUGUGUUCACCAAAGACGUCUGUAGCACGGCACUCGAGGCAACGCAGAAAUCCGGCAUCCACAAGCUGAUCCCCGGCAUGGUAAUUGAUGAUUAUCUCUUCGAUCCGUGCGGUUACUCGAUGAAUGGAGUCUCCAAGAGUUGUGGAAAAAAGUAUAAAGAGGGAUGCUACAUGACGAUCCACAUCACGCCGGAGCCGGACUUUUCGUACGUGAGCUUCGAGAGCAACGUGGCCUCGUCGAGCUACGGCGACUUGAUUGCACGUGUGAUUGAUACCUUCCAACCUGGCAAAUUUAUCGUGACCGUUUUCGCUAACAAGACAUCAUCCGCCGCUAACGUUUCUCGCGAGCUCGAGCACCUGGCCACCAUCGACCAGUGGAAGCGUCGUGACAUUCAAUUUUCGCGCUUUGCCAGCUACGACCUGACUUACGCGCAGUACUGCAAAUACCCAAGCUGAGGUUUACCGUGCCUAGCCCUCGAAGGGGCUAAC